UCAAGAUCUUCCUAGCUUUCGGUGCUAUGAAAAGCUAAUCUGAGGCUGCAGGCAAUCUCUCUCUCUUCGCUUCAUAAUAGCCUCUGCAUCUUUCUCUCUCUGUUUUCCACAGACAACACAGACCUCAAGGUUCCGUUUAAUUACGGGCCUGUUUAUCUUCUAGCUAAGGUUUCUGUCUCUCAGUGGCUUACGCUUCGGUCGAGCUUAGCUUUUCCAUUCGGUUGCUUCUUCUACAAGAUCUUAUCCCACUCUGCUUAAAAUUUAAGCUGAAAUUUUGCUCCGGAAAGUGAAAGAAACAAAAAAAGAAGAAAAAAAAUUCCGAGAAUUUUCUCGGAAAAGCUACGUGAGCAGUGUAUGUAUAAUGGUCCUCCAGCAUCAAAUUCUGGCACGAGCCCAUUAAUUCAAAUCCCACAGUGGCAAACAGAGCAACCACCAUUCAUGGAUUCAAAUACCCAUCAGAACUUGCACUCCCAAGAGCACCAAACUCACCAACCCAAUUCUGGGUUACUGAGAUUUCGCUCUGCUCCGAGCUCACUGCUGGCAAAUUUCAACGAGAACAGCGAUUUGGGUCUCAUUGGUAAAAACCCAAUUGAGGGUUCUGAGUCAGAGAGAUUGUUUUCUAGAUUUGCGAAUUACACCCACACCAACGACUCGGAUUCUUGGCCGUCGAGUUUUCAAGAGUUGGACGACAAGUCUACGGUGACGGCGACGGAGGCGGCGGUGACGGAGAGCCGUAUGAGCUCACAGCAGCAGGGCUAUUCUGGGCUCCCUCCUCAUUAUCCGAGACACAGCUCGUUCAAUGGCUCGUAUGGGUUGGUGGGUUCGGCUGCAAUGAAUCAUCACACUCAACCCAAGGCCGUUCACUCGAAUCUUGUUCGACAAAGUAGCUCCCCUGCUGGGCUUUUCUCCAACAGCUCUGUUCAAAAUGGAUUCCAAUUUGGAACUUGGAAUGAUUCAUCAAAUUUUGCUGAAAAUUUAGGUGGCAUGCGAAGAGACCAAGAUAAUGAGGGGAAGUUAUUUUCUGUUCCUCAGAAUGGAGAGCUUGAAAACCGGAUUCAUUUACUAUCCCACCACCUGAGUUUACCUAAAACUUCAGCAGACAUUACCAUGGAAAAGUUCUUGCAACUCCAAGAUUCUGUGCCUUGUAAAGUUAGAGCAAAGCGAGGUUGUGCCACUCAUCCCCGAAGCAUUGCAGAAAGAGUUAGAAGAACACGGAUUAGUGAACGAAUGAGGAAACUACAAGAGCUUGUCCCAAACAUGGACAAGCAAACCAACACAGCAGACAUGCUAGAUUUGGCUGUUGAGUAUAUUAAAGACCUUCAGAAGCAGUUCAAGACUCUUAGCGACGUUCGAGCGAACUGCAAGUGUUUAAACAUGCAGAAGAAGCCGGUUUCGAAUCAGAUUGUUUGACGUGCUUUUCUGUACAGGAAACCAGGAGAGUGAUGGGGGGGAAGUGGAUUGAAACCACAUAAUAUUUUCUUUUUAAGCAGUGAACAUCAAGUAGAAAGUAAAAAAGAGAUAGAAGGUAUUGUAGUUUUUAGUGGGUUUGAUGUAGAAGGUUGGUAAAUUUUCCACCACAACAUGGAGAGGGGACCAGGCCUUGUAAGCUAGCAAGCUUUUGAUUCCCAAUUACACAGUAUAUGAAAUAAACAUAAAAGAAAGUAC